GACAUAAUCUCACGGAAAUUGUGCUGAGUCACAGAAUGGACUUCUGGAUUCUGGUAAUCAGAAUUACUUUCUUAUCACAAACAACAACUGGAAUUCUGGGAAAUUUCUGUCUAAUUUUCUACCAUCUGGUCCUUUGUUACAGAGAAUGUAUACUCAAGCCCACAGAUUUGAUUCUGAUGAACUUAAUGUCAGCCAAUGCCUUGAUCAUUCUCUCUGCAGGAGUGCCACACACAAUGGCAGCGUUUGGGUUUAAGCAGUUCGUGAGUGAUUUUGGUUGCAGGCUCCUAUUAUGCAUGCAGGCAUUUGGCCGCAGUGUGUCCAUUGGCACCAUUUGCCUCUUGAGUGUCUUCCAGGCCAUCAGCAUCAGAUUCAGAGAAUCCUGUUGGAAGGAUCAUAAAGUCAGAACCGUAAAUUACAUGGGCUGCUCCAUUUCCCUACUCUGGGUCUUCUACACGUUGAUAAAUUUUAUUUUCUUUCUAAACCCACUUAUCAAACUCAGUAGCAAAAACAUGACAAGAAAACGAGAUUUUGGAUACUGCUCAAUUGUAGGGCGCAAUGAAAUCAAUGACUCCCUCUACACAGCACUGGUGGUGUGCCCUGAAGUCUUGUUUUCUGUGUUCAUUGCCUUGUCUAGUGGCUCCAUGAUAGUCUUUUUGUACAGACACAAGCAGAGAGUUCAACACAUCCACAGCAAGCAUGGUUCCAGAAGAACCUCUCCUGAGUCUAGAGCCACCCAGAAUAUCCUGCUCCUCGUGUGUAACUUCCUGGCGUUUUAUACUCUCUCCUCCAUUUUACGAGGCUGCAUUGCUCUUCUGCAUAAUCAUGACUGGUGGCUGGUGAACAUCACACGCCUCACUUCUCUAUGUUUCCCAUCUUUUGGACCCUUUGUCCUCAUGAGUCAUUACUCCACUGUGUUCAGGCUUUCUUUGAGCUGGAUCAGGAAUAAAAAAUAA